AUGGAGCGCGUCAAAGUCAAUCCCAUUAUUCCCGGGUUUGCCCCAGACCCUUCCGUCAUCUAUGUGGAUGGCACAUACUUUCUCGUCAACUCAAGCUUUCACAUGUUCCCUGGUCUACCAGUUUAUGCAUCUAGAGACUUGAAGGAAUGGAAACACAUUGGCAAUGCAUUAAAUCGAACAGGCUUGAUGUCCUUUCAGCGCUCGAUAACUAAAUUGGUAGGCCCUGAUGAGGAUGGUGUUAAGAUCGCUGCGCAGGGAGGACUUAUGGCUCCCUCGAUCAGAUACCAUAAAGGCACCUUUUACAUCGUUUGCACCAAUAUUGAUCACAAAGAUCUUCUGCCUAGAGAUACCGGGUGUCAAAACUUCAUCUUGUCAACCACCAAUAUUUGGGCCGAUGAAUGGAGCGAUCCGAUCUUUUAUGACUUUUAUGGAAUCGACACUAGCUUGUUCUGGGACGACGACGACCGCGCAUAUCUCAUAGGCGCUCGGUCUCCAGCUCCUGCAUCGCAGAUCUGGCAGUUCGAAAUCGAUGUCAAGACGGGAAAAGACCUCUCUGAAAGGAAGCUGCUCUGGGAAGGUGUCACAAAGGUUUACCCCGAGGGUCCGCACAUGUACAAGAGGGAUGGAUGGUACUAUCUUCUCAUCGCUGAAGGUGGCUGUUUUGCGGACCACCAUGUCAUUAUGGCUCGGUCGCAGGAUAUCUGGGGUCCGUAUGAGGUUAACCCAGCUAACCCGGUGCUACCAAAGGCGGACCCUAAUGAAUACAUCCAGUACACAGGCCACGGAGACCUUUUCCAGCAUCCUUCGGGACAGUGGUACUUUGCAUGUCUUGGUGUACGCAAGAAUAAUGGGCAUUUCAUCAUGGGACGCGAGUCCGUCCUUACUACAGCCUCGUGGAAGGAAGGGGAAUUUCCGUUGAUUGACGCCGUUCGGGUCGACGUGCCACUUCCAAUACACCAAAGCCUAUGCUCUUCCAAUUUUCCCAUCGCGAGAAAGCCUGGACGUCCAGACGUCGCUUAUCUCCAGAUCCGCGACCCCGUGCCGGAAAACUAUGAACAUGAUGGAAAUGAUGUCACUCUGACAUCCAGCACAGCGGACUUGAACCAGGACGACGAGCCGGUGACAUUCAUUGGAAAGCGUCAAAGGAGUCUUCAUGGCACAUCUUCCGCAACACUCGAGGCCCUAGAUAGCUCCGGCAUGAAGGGAUCUCGGCUUAAGACAGGAUUGUGCUAUUACAAAGACGAGCACCGAUAUGCCCGUGUCUUUCUUGACGUCGACUCCGAGAAUAUUGUCUUUGAGGUUGUCAAUAAGGCCCGGUCCAUCGAACGGACAUUAUCUCGAAACAUUGGUGUAUUGGCGAACGACAACAGGGUCGUAUUUGGUAUAGACUAUACGGAGCUAGAUCUUGUCUUUUGGUAUUCUCUUGGGGAGGACGGGACGAGGCGCGAGAUGAGCGCGAUAGACUCCCUAGAUAUGACUGGACAUGACUUUGUAGGGCCUGUCAUUGGUGUAUUUGCUACUAGCAAUAACCAAGUCAGGGUGAAAUAUCUAGACAUUACAGUUGUAUAG